GCCCCAGCCUCCUCCUCAUUCUAUCGCCAUAGUCAUUGCUCUUGGCUUAACCUCUCCCCAGGGCACCGUUGUGUGUGUGUGUGUGUGUGUGUGUGUGUUUAAAGUUGUUUGGGUGGGUGUUGUGAAAAUCCCAGCAGUGCCAGGUGGACCUCUGCCUGUCUUCCCCACAGGACAACAGCUGCUGCUUCCUGUAGCCUGUGUUGGGAGGGGAUGCGGGGGGCUGGGAGAGAGGAAGGCUAGGCCUGGAUUGGUGCCCAGCCUCUCUCUCUUCCAGAGUUCCACACAGCCUCUGGAUACUGGUGGAAAGCCCACGAGAGUUUCCUUCCAAGCAGGAGCAGGUCCAAGUUCUGUUAUCCUAAUUUUGUUGUUCCUCAGAUAAAUAAAGGUGAUGGGCUAAUUUUUGUAGAUGGGGAAAGUGAAACAAACAGCAAGUUGGGGUCAGAUGUGAGACUUUCUUUGGGUCUUUGGAUUCUCAUGACCUUUCCUGGAACAGCUUUGGGUCUGGAGGAGGCAGCCCUGACAGAAGGUUGGAAUCCCUGGCUCCCAGACCAAUGCCUUUAGACAAGCCAGGACGUAGGAGAGGGGAACCUAGUCUGGGUUUGAGAGGCCUCACCAGGUCACUCUGUCUCAUAAGCCAUUGCAAGCUCCUCAUUUAUCUACAGAAUAAAAUAUAAAUUCCUUGGCUUGAUAUUCAAGAUCUGCCACAAUUCGGCAAACUUGUCUUUCCAACUUUAUCUCUCCCUUUUCCCACACUAAGUGCCUCAACUCCAGCCAUCCUGGUUUUCUCUUUUUUCUCAAACAUACCUUUCAUAGUCCUCAUUAUCUCCACUUAACUCGUGUUCCUUGAGACCCAUCCCAAGGAACCAGGAUCACCCCCCCUCCUGAAAACUUGCUCUGAUCCUCCCAAUUCAGAGGAAUGUUUCUUACCCCUUAAAUUCCUACAACAUUUACUGUCUUCAAGAUGCAUGAUAUUCUGUCUUGAAUCAUUAGUUAGUUCUUCAUAUGUAUUUAUCAUUUUCCUCCAAUUUAGACUAUCAAUUUCCAGAAGGAUCAUCUAUUACACUUCUUUUGCACCUCCCACAGGAUAUAGCACAGUGCCUUGCAUAUAAGUGUCCUUAACUGAUUCAACUUUUGGGUUAGAAGGCCUUCACUCUGCCCAGAAUGAUCCCAGUCACAGGUGGGAUUACCACCAACCCACAGCAUUGGUUAGCAGAUUGAGGAACUGACAAUGCAGCUCCUGGACUUCAAUCCUGGGGUGGAGGUGAAGCUAUGACAAGAAGGUUGAGAUGGCUGAAGCAAUCCUUUGGGUUCAAGGACACCAGGAACUCUCCAUGACACUCCUUAUGAGCUAAGGAAUGUAUGAAUCCCUUUAUAGAAGAGGAAACAGAAGCUCAGUAGGUUAUCUGUAUCCAGUCCUGAACUCUGUCCUCUACAAUGUGCUCUUCCAUUUCUGUAACUGCGUGUGCAGAGCUCUUGUCUUUCCUCCGGAGCAGUCGGAGGAUUGGAGAAUCAAAUUGGAGAAUCGUAGCUCAGCCUGUUCCUUCUAUCACCUCUGCAUUUUUUACCAGAAGAGCUGACAGGGCCAGCAGUAAUCAGGAAGAGUCACUCACCCAAGGACCAGCUGGACCUCUUAUUCCGAGGAAUGGCACAAGCUGUGGCCUGGCUCCUCUUCCUCCAGCUUGUUCUAGAAGAAACUCAGGUUGUGGACAGCAAGUUGCAGAUUGCUAUCAAGAACUUCCGCACCUUACACAUCGACUAUCCCAUGGUUAACUAUCCAGAGGGUUUCCAGGGCUACUGCAAUGGUCUGAUGGCUUAUGUGCGGGAUGUAAAGCAAAGCUGGUAUUGUCCAAAGACCCAUUAUGUGGUACAUGCCCCCUGGAAAGCUGUCCGGGAGUUCUGCAAGUACAGUGAAAGCUUCUGUGAGAAUUACAACGAAUACUGUACACUCACCCAUGACUCCUAUCCCCUCACGAUCUGCUCUCUGGGUUCCAUACAACCUCCCACCAGCUGCCGCUACAAUGGCACACUAACCAACCAAAGGCUCUACCUGCUCUGUUCCCGAAAGUAUGAUGCUGAACCCAUAGGUAUCAUUGGCCUCUACUAAGGAAGGGAGGCAUUCAUUCUGUACCACCUCCUACUGCCACCACAGACCAGCCUGUCCCCAUUCCCUAAACUCUGACCCCUGGUACAACCCUUCCUCCCUGACUUCGAGAGCAGGUAGGGUCCUCCCAAGAGACUAGGGAGGUAGGAAAAAUGUCCAGAGCUUUGGUCACCAUGCAAAGUCUUACUGUCAUCUGGUCCCAACUUGUUUACCUCCCCCUCCUCUAUCAUACUCCCUCUCCCACAGACAGUUUUACCUACCCAAGAAGCUGACUGUGUCCAGUUGGCAGUAACUGUCCAUCCACUGAGCCAGAUCCUGAAUACUGGAUGGAGGCCCAGAGCCUCAGCUCGCACCAUGGCAACAGGCACCCAGCUAGUCUCAACUUCCCAUCCCCACCAGCCUUCUCUUCUCAGUCUUCUCCAUUUCCUUAUGACUCCCUCUACUCACUCACCCACACAGUCAGUGUCUCUAGCUAUAGGAAACUUCCUGGGACCCUUAGACUCAUUUCAGCCUCACCUCCCCAGAACCCAUCGCAGUUCCCAGUCUGCUCCUCUCUAUGAAAUCAUUAUCUUCUCUUCAUGUAACCUGUUCUUUCCUCCCUCCUUCUACCAUGGAGCCCAGUGCAGUCUCUUCCCCACGUUUCCAACCUCCUUUAGUCACCCUGCCUUCCUUUCUCUGAUCUCUUUUCCUUCCAUCCUUCUCACCUUGGCUCGCUGGAGUUUCUAGUUAUUUUCUCUGACCCAUCCCCCCAAAGAUUCCUGCGUCCCUUUCCUUCUCAAAGCUCCUCCUGACAACCCCCAAAUUCCAGGAUCUGCUGCUGACAAGACAGGGGUGAGGUGGGCCUAGCCGUAGUCACAGAAGGUUUUAAACCACAUCUGAGUUGUAAGAUAUAACCAUUGGAUGAAACUGAGUGAAGGGUACAUGGAACCUCUCUGUAUUAUAUUUGCAUCUUUCUAAGAGUCUAUGAUCAUUUCAAAAUAAAAAGAUAAAAAACAUAUCUGAAUUAGUUCUGAUUUCAUUCCUCUCUCCUGGAGUGCACCAGAACUCCUACUCUUGGAGUACUGCAGGCCCCCACCUCUGGCCAUCUUCCUAGACUAUCCUUAGCAGUCAGUAGUCUCUUCCAUUCCAUGUGUUCCAUGACAGAGGUGGGGUGGGGGAAAACUCAGUUCCAGGUUGGGUGUUGAAAAUAGAUUCUCCCUUCCCUCCAACUCUAGAGCAAACUCAUAGUAAGAGUCAGGCUAAGUAGAGCCUUGGCCCACCCUCGCUCACUUCUAUUUCUCCCCCAACAAAACCUGGAUUGCCACAGAUGAAGCAGAUGGAGAGACAGGGAAGGGUCUAGUUGGUGACAUCUGGAUCAUGCUAUGUCAAAUCAGGACUUGCUACCCCUCUUUGGGAGGUAGAGGAGGUUGAACACCAGCACUGUGCGAAUGCAAGUAGCAAAUACUUUUGCCUCCACAUCUGGUUCAUCUCAUCUCCAAAUAUAGUCCUCAGUCCUGUUCUUAGAAGCAGUUGUUGAAGGAAAUGCUAACUUAUGGUUGGGAGUCAUGAGGCUAAGUAGGGUAAAGGGUGUUGAGCUGGAAACCCCUCCUUCUUGGGCCUUCUUUUCUCUUCUCUUCUUUCUCUACCAGUGGGCCCAGUGAUCCCUCAGCCUGGUGGAAGACAGAGCUCAUUAGCUGCUGCACACACAGAUGUUUAUUGUUCCCCAAGUCCUUGGUGUUAAGGAUGCAGGAUCAAGGUCUGGCAGGCUGAGA